AUGAGAGAUGGCACACCUUAUCCUUUCAAAACUAAAAAAGGAGUUUGCAAAAGUAUAGUUCAAUACUGCGAAAAGAAACCGGCAGUAAGAAAUAACGAAGAGCAAAAUUUAGUAGGCUACAUUCUUUUUGAUUGUGACAAGUUUAGUGCCGUGUUAAACCCUAAUCAUAAACCUACCGGCAAAAAAGAAAAAGUGGAAAUGUGCGAAAAAUGCUAUCAAGGAGCAAAGAAAACCAAGUGUCCUAUUUGUAAAGACCGAAAACACAAAAAGGUUAUUCAAACAGGAGUUAAAUAUCCCUUUAAAAAACUUUGCGAUGAUUGUAAAGAAAAAUUAGGAGAUGAUGAGAAUGACGAAGAUUACGAGACGGAAGAAAACGAAACUGUAACCCAAUCGAACUCUUUUAUUCAAAUCACCCGUAAUGGCAAAACUAUUACUAUUGUAAACGGCAAAAGACCGAUGGAAGUAUUUAAUGAAGAACAAGAAAGAUUGAUAAAAAACUACCUUUUGGCUUUUUAUGAGGAACUAUUAGAGGAAGUAAAUAAAAGAAUAGAAGAGGGAAAAAUUAAAUGGACUUUUUAUCAAAAAACCGACAUAGAAAAAGUUUAUGAUCCUGCUUGCGGAGUUGGGGCAUUAUUAUACACUUUUCGUAAAUAUAAACCCGAUUGUGAAAUUUACGGGCAAGAAAUAGAGCAUGAAAGUGUUUUAUUAGCCCGAGGAGGACAGCCAGAACCAACUAACGGCCAAAUAACAGAAAGAUCAGGCAUUCCCAGAGAGCAAAGAAAAGGCAAAAUAAAAUACGGAAAUACUUUAGAAAGCGAUGGAUUUAAAAGACAAUUCCAUAUAGUACUCUGCAAUCCGCCUUUUAAUCAACUUUUUAAAGAAGAAAUACACGGAACCAAAGAUGGUAAUAUUGCGCUGGUAAAGCAUAAUUACCUAGAAGCAGUAUUUUUUGACUUUAUUCACAAAGAUAGCAGCACGGGAAAUGCCUUUGAUAACGCUCAAUUAGACACUUGCGUCCUACUAUUACGAAAAAACAGAGAGGAUAAGGAAAAUAUUUACUUUAUUAAUUGUGCGGGAAAGACUAAAGAGCAGAUAAUAGCCGAAUAUAAAAGCGAAAAUAAGGAAAAAGUAAGUAGGAAGAGACUAAAAGAACAUGACUAUUGCUUUAUCAAAUACAUUUUAGAGAGAUUAGAUGAACCAAAGGGAGAAGCAAUUGGCCAAUAUUUUCGCAAAAUAAGUAGCCGUAACUUAAAAGAAACUGAUAAAACUAGUCCAGCCAUUAAAUUGGCAACUAAAUUAUUCGAAAAAAAUAGGGAGCCAAUUGCCCAAUUAGUAAAAGAAAUGGAAAAUACUUCCGGAGGAAAGAAACUAAAUGAGGAAGAAAUUACUGAAAACAAAAAGCGGAUGAGAAUGCUGAUUAAUUAUUUAGAACAAAAUGAACCGACUAUGCGGAAAUUUUACUAUGGGUCAGUAAUUAAAGAAUUGAGAAUUAAAGAGUUUUUAGAGUGGAAAACUGCCACUACUUCCGUUCCGGCAGCCAAAUUAGAAAAAACUAACCGCCACCUAAAAAAAGAAAAUGGUGAAUUAAAAGAAAAGUUGACUAAUUUAACCCAGCAAUGGCAGGAAACAAAAACUAAAUUAGCCAGUGCGCUGAACUCUAUUCACGAUUUACAGAACGAAAGAGAGCAAGAUAUAAAAGCCCGUUUUGCUACCGCCCAAAAAGAAUUAGAGGAAGAAAACGCCCAACUUCAAGCCCAAAUUGAGGAAUUGGCAAAGCGACCCACAGCUGACGAAGUAGCCCAGCAGCAAGAGAAGGCGUCCGGUUAUAACAAUCUAAAAAAUGAAGUAGAAACUCUCCAAAAUAAACUCAUAGAUUUAGAACCCGAAUUAGACGAAACAAAGCAAAAUUUAACUUCGGCUAACGGCCAAGUUAACACUUAUGAAGGAUUAUUAAAUAAACGAGAGCAAGAAAUAAUUGACUUAAAAAAACAAUUAGCGGACCUAACUAAUGCUAACCAGGAAAAUUUGGACAAAACUAAUGAUUUGCUAAAUCAACAAACCGACCAACAGCGGCUUCUAACUAAUGAGCAAAAAAAAACUCAAUCUUUACAGGCUAAAUGUAAAAGUUUACGGGUUGACCGCGACCAGCAAGCCCGGGCUAAUGAAUUACUGGUUAAAAAUGUGGUUGAGUUAACCAAAAACCACAAAAAACUUUUAACUGAAUUACAGCAGGAAAAGUCCGCCCAUGAGGCCACUCAAACCCAGUUGACUAAUGAAUUAGAUGACACCGAAAAAUAUCUCGAUGAAUUACGCCAAAAAUAUCAAUCAUUAGCGGAAAAAUUAAAUAGUUUGGAUAAAAAAUUAACUUCCGGUUCAUACAGAAAACCACACGAGGAAGAAGAGGAAAUAGAGCCAGAAGGAGAAAUUUUUAUCCCAUCAGACUUAAAUAAGCAAUUAGAAACAAUUUUAAACGAUUAUCAACAAAUUAAACAAGAAGCGAAGUGGCUGGAAAUUCAAUUACAAGAGCAAAAGGAGGUUAAUCAACAAUUAAUUGCCGACUUAAACCAAGCAGAAGUAGACCGCGAUAGUAAUCUCGCAAAAAUUACUGAACUAGAAGAACAAAAACAGCAAUUAGAAGAGCAGGAAGCCGAAAAGGAGCAAGAAUUAAAUGAACUCCAAGCGGAAAAAAAGCAAUUAGAAACUGAAUUACAAUCGGCCACUACUGUCAAAAAUAACACUCUCCAAAGUUUACGAGACUUACAGGAAGAAAAUCAAACCCUCCAAGAGGAAUUAGCCACUACGGAACAGCAAAGAGCGAACACAGAAGCGGCUUAUGAUGUCGGCGUGGACCAAUUAGCUCAGACCCAAGAAAAAUUAGAUGACAAAACUACUGACCUCAAUAAUACUUUACGAAGUUUAAACGAAUUACAAACAGAAAAUCAAGCCUUACUGGCUCAAUUACAAACCCAGGACAAUUUGACCCAACAACUAGGGCAGGAUUUUGCCGCAAUUAGAAAUAGUUAUCAAAAUUUAGACCAGCAAAAAGAUAAUAUUAUCCAAAGUCUCCAUGAUUUACAGGGGGAAAAUCAACAAUUAGAAAAUAGUAUUGAUGACCGUCUGGCCGAACGAGACGCUUUGGCUACUGAAAAAAAUAGAGAAGCCCAAAAGGUCAAUUUAUUACAAAAGAAAUCCCUCUCCCUCCGCACCAAUCUUAACCAAACCCAAACCAAUUUAACGGACAGUCAAAAUCAGGUUCAGCGAUUAACCAACGACAAUAAUAAUUUACAGGAACAAUUGACUAUUAAAAGUAGGAAUAUUAAUUUAUUAGCCAAUAAAACUCGCCAACUGCGGAUGAGAAUUCAACAGACAACUCAGCAAUUAACCACGGCUAAUAAUACUAUCACCACCGCCCAAACGCAACUGGGAAUUGCUGAUUUAACCAAUUUACCUAAUUUGGCUGGUAAAUCCUUGACCGAGUUAAUUGAUUACUUUCAGCACCAUCGUUGUAGUGGUUGCCACCUCAGCGUUCAUGCCGAUUACGAUACUAUUAAACAAGAACGGGAUAAGUAUAAAUCAGAAUUAGAUAGUCAUGUUUGUCCUUCUUGUUCAGAAAUCUGUUGUGUCAAUGGUGAUUAUCAGCAGAUUAAGCAAGAGUUAAGUCAACAAGAAAAUAAAUGUCAAAAACAUCUGGCAGAGAAAGAGGCACAAAUAAUUACCCAAAUCAUUACCGAGUGUCAAUUAGGUUUAAGUUCUGACAGUGCCUUAGCAGCAGUUAUUAACCGCCUCAAAGAAUUGAUUAAUAAGGGUCCGGAUAGCAGUCAAGACACCCUGAUUGCUGAUUUACAGCAACAAUUAAGAGACAAAGAUAAGCCUAGUGAGGACAUUAAACAACAAUUAAAAGAACUUAGCCAAGAAUUAGGACUGAGCGACCAAGUGGUUCAAUCUUUACAAACCGCGUCCAGUUAUUCGGAGUUAGUAAGCCGACAAAAGCAGGCUUUUAGUGCCAAAUUGGGCCAGGAAAUUAAAAGCAAAGAAGUGGCUCAGCGGUGA